AUGGGCUGGCUUGGAGUCGCAACGCUGAUUGCGGCUGCAUGUUAUCUUAUUUACCGACAUCCGCCCGCUACCUGGGCGCCUCAGCCUCAGCCUCAUCCUCCGUCCGAGAAGACAUCCGCGAAACCGCCCACUACUGAGAGCACCAGGGACGCUGCAGAGUCUCUCGAGCCUGAUGUCCUCGUAGAAGAUAAACAAAGCACUCCCAAGGCUUCUGCGACGAGCGUGCCCUCUAUUGAGAUACCAUCCUUACACCUGGACAAUGAGACCAAACCUGUCGCGCAAAACGACCAUCAAUCCCGCCACAAUGGACCGAUAGACCCCUUAUCCCCUCCAUCGACAGCAACAGCAGCAACAUCCUCCCAACCCAAACCGAGCAAUGGAACUUCAACUACUUCCGGCAAAACCACGUCCAUGCCUCCGCCACCCCUUCCCCGACUCCGCCCAACCGCAACCCAGCAGCAGCCACAGCAAUCACCAUCAUCCUCCAUGAGCGCAGGACGCUACCCUCCGCGCCCAACGAACCCCGCCGCCGGGCCAGCAGGAUCCCUCCGCCCACCCCCAUCCGCCGCCGCCUCCCUCCGCGCGCCGCCGAGCCGCUCCUCCCCUUCCUCCCUCGCGCCGACGAAACUGAUCGCGAAGCCCCUCUCGUCCUCCGCCUCGAACAAGAACAAACACAUCCUCCAACCGGGGUACUCGCCGCUGGACUGGGCCGCGUUGACGUCCAACCCGAACAACAACCUUCGGGGCAAGAACCUGCCGCCCACGCUGAUCCGGGUGACGCCGUCGAUGCUCAAGGCGCAGAACGGGCGCAAGGGGGCCGACGCGUGGACGUCCUACCAGGGGAAGGUGUACAACAUCACGCCGUAUCUGCCGUUCCACCCGGGCGGGAAAGGGGAGUUGCUGCGCGGGGUGGGCAAGGAUUCCGGGCAGCUGUUCAUGGAGAUUCAUCCGUGGGUGAAUUGGGAUGCGAUUUUGGGGGAGUGUUUGGUCGGGAUUCUGGUGGCAGAGACGGAGGCAGAGAGUUUUGGGGGGGAGAAUGAGUUGGAUGCGAUGGAUUGA